CCCCCGGCACUCAUUGCUUUAGUCUGAUUGCUAGGCGGACGGGCUCACUGAAGAGCAGCACAGGAGGAGAUGGCGCCUGGGGAUGCGAUGAAAGCUGCUGAGGAACUGGCAGACCAGUUCCUCCGAGUUACCAAGCGGUAUUUGCCUCAUCUAGCCCACCUGUGCCUGAUCAGCACCUUCCUGGAAGAUGGUCUCCGGAUGUGGCUACAAUGGAACGAGCAGCGAGAUUACAUCAGCAUGUCGUGGGGCUGCGGGAUGUUCCUGGCUACCAUCUUCGUCCUCAUCAAUAUGUUCGGACAGCUGACUGGAUGUAUCCUGGUCCUUACUAGGAAAUUUGUACCAUAUGCUUGCCUUGCCCUCUUUGUGAUCAUCGUCCUCCAGACAAUCGUGUACAAUAUCCUGUGGGAUGUGAAGUUUCUCAUGAGAAACAUGGCAUUGGGUGGCGGUCUCCUUUUGUUACUGGCUGAGUCCCGUUCUGAAGGAAAGUCCAUGUUUGCCGGGGUACCCAGCGCAGGGGAGAGGUCGCCACGUCAGUACAUGCAGCUAGGAGGACGCGUGCUGCUCAUCUUAAUGUUCAUGACCUUGCUCCGAUACAAUGCCAGCGCAUUUGAAAUUUUCCAAAAUAUCUUCGGCUUGACCCUUAUCAUCUUGGUUGCGAUUGGCUAUAAGACCAAGCUGGCAGCCUUGACACUGGUCCUUUGGCUCAUGGUCAUCAACGUCCUCCAGAAUGCUUUCUGGACGGUGCCAUCUUACCGUCCACUCCACGACUUCCUGAAGUACGACUUCUUCCAAACCCUCUCCGUAACGGGUGGGCUGCUGCUGGUCGUGGCGCUGGGGCCUGGCGGAGUGUCCAUGGAUGAGCACAAGAAGAAGUGGUGACCUCCCCUUGCCAGGCAGUGCCACGCCUUACCUAACAGCCCAUUACGCUACAGUCAGUCGCUUUUCUCCAGUCUGCGCAAUGCGCACCUGGCAGGUAUAAGAACACCUGACUGGAAUGUUCCAUUUUGUGGGGGGGGGAAGCUUUCCUGAAGUAGCUCUGACCUUGAAAUGUUCCAUUUAAAUGGAUUUUACAUUACUGUUAGGAUGGCGGCAUAGAGGGAAGGUAGCACCAACCCAGCUUGUCUUUUUCAGCAAUGUACAGUUACGCCUCUGAUGGACAGAUGUGUGCAUAUUGUCAUCGAGAUGGAUGUCUUUCCCCUCCUCCCGUAUCCUGCCAUUCCAUUAAUACUUUGUAGCGGAGCAUUAUUAUCUUUCACUACUGGAAUGACGCCCCCUACCUCCACCUAUAAACACUACCUGCAUGAAUAGUCACAACCAGUCAUUUCACGCCAACUUGUUUCAAGUUCCUCAGUGUCCCUGGAAAAGAUGCUUCAACGUGGUCACCAGGAGUAUGAGUCGGGCUUAGUGUGAAGUGCUGGAACCAUUAUGAGAAGAAGAAACAUUUUUAUGGUUAAAUGGAUAUUUGUAAAAACAUUUUUUAAAUAAAUUUACUAUUUUUCAGAUCAACAAAAUCCA